AUGCUUUGCCCGGGCCGCGCCCACCGAAACGGAACUGCUGCUUGCCGGGCCAGAACAACCCCCACUCCCGGCCGGUAUGCUCCCCUUCGACGAGGAGGCUCGCGACGAGGCCGUACUAGCGUCUCGCCGUUGCCAAUCGCUGCUGUCGCACCUGCCCUCUCGCGGUCGACGGGCCGUCUGCAACCGGCUGGCGACGAGGUUGAUGUACAAGGUCUAAACACCGAAGCCCCGCCCACGCUGCUACCACAAAAUGUUGAUGGCCGCGAGGAUACGCAAUUCCCUCAACGUCUCCCAAGCUCUGGGCGAGGGGUUCGACUUCGCCUGGUCCGCCUCUACAAC